ACAAGACUCCUUCCCCGCCUUCUGCUGGGAGGCAACUCUCCUGGACCAGUUUAAAACCGCCGAUCUGAAGCCCUUCCAGCCAAAGGAGGCCGAGGAUCGCCAAGCCAAGAGGAUGGGAGUCAUACUGGGCUACUGGGACAUCAGAGGGCUUGCUCAUGCAAUCCGGUUGCUUCUAGAAUACACAGAAACGCCAUACGAAGACAAACAGUAUGUUCCUGGACCAGCUCCUGAUUUUGACACAAGUCAGUGGACCAAUGUGAAGGAGAAACUGAGUCUGGACUUCCCAAAUCUCCCAUAUCUAAUUGAUGGUGAGACGAAGAUUACACAGAGUAAUGCCAUCCUGCGAUACAUUGCACGCAAGCACAAGAUGUGUGGUGAGACUGAAGAGGAAAUGAUCCGAGUGGAUAUACUUGAGAACCAAGUCAUGGAUUUACGAAUGGGACUUGCAAGAAUAUGCUAUAACCCAGAUUUUGAAAAACUGAAGCCUGAGUACAUUGAACAGCUACCUGGGAAGCUUAAGCUGUUCUCCCAGUUUCUGGGGAACAGAAAAUGGUUUGCUGCAAAUAAGAUCACCUAUGUAGAUUUCCUUGUAUAUGAUGGUUUGGAUAUGCACCGGAUAUUUCAGCCAAAAUGCUUGGAUGAGUUCAAAAAUCUAAAGGAUUUCCUGGAUCGCUUUGAGGCGCUGGAAAAGAUUUCUGCCUACAUGAAAUCUGACCGUUUCAUGAGAACUCCCAUCUUUUGGAGAAUUGCCCAGUGGAGCAAUAAGAAAGAGUAGAAGGAACCAGGAAUCUUGCUGGUGUUGGCUAAUAAUGGCAUCACUCUUAUUGUAUCUGUGAGGAAUCUUGAAUCGCUCAUGCGCCUUCAUGCUUUAGAACAUUGUCACACAGUAGCUGUAAUAUCAAAAAUACAUUCCAAGACACUGGACAGUAAAGACUGUUGAUUACUUAAAAA